GCAACACAGGCAUGAAGUAAAAUUGUCUCAAUUCCUCCUUCGGCUAACGUUAAUUUUUCUGAAUUUAUCUAAAAAGAAUAUACUUUCAAGGCAUUGUAGCUUAAAUACAUGAAACCAGAAUAUCAUCUUAAUUCAACAGCAAUGUUUCUAUGGAUAUAAGUCGUAUAUAGUGGUUUAGAGUAGUGUUAUUAGAGUCAGUGGAUCUUUGAAAAGUUUACCUCCUCAGCCGUUUUUAGCCAAGUACGGGCAUUGUGCUGAUAUUCUGAAGUUUAAGUUAACGGGGACGCAAUGUCCGGCCGGAGGAAACCCCCGAGCUUUAACUUCAAAGCAAAAGAAGAAAAGCCAGAGGUUGUCACUCCCCCAAGAAACCUUGAAGAGCGAACUACAAUUACAAUUGGUGAUAACACUUUCACUGUCCAUGCCGAUGACUUGGUGAAGAUUUGUGAUCUAGGCCGUGGAGCCUAUGGUAUUGUGGAGAAGAUGCAUCACAGACCCAGUGACACUAUCAUGGCAGUCAAGAGAAUUACAUUCAACAACCAAUCAUUGGAAUUGAAGCGUUUGUUGAUGGAUUUGGACGUAUCAAUGAGGGCCAGUGCGUGUCCAUACACAGUACAUUUCUAUGGUGCCAUGUUCCGGGAGGGCGACGUCUGGAUCUGCAUGGAAGUCAUGGACACUAGUCUUGAUAAAUUUUAUACUAAAGUCUACAAAAACAACCGGACUAUACCUGAAAGUAUUCUUGGUAAGAUAGCCUUUUCGGUUGUAAGUGCCUUGAAUUACCUCUACUCUCAGCUCAGGGUCAUACACAGAGAUGUGAAGCCAUCAAAUAUUCUGAUCAACAGACAGGGUGAAGUCAAAAUGUGCGAUUUUGGCAUUUCCGGUUAUCUUGUUAACUCUAUAGCGAAAACAAUAGAUGCGGGGUGCAAGCCGUACAUGGCGCCGGAGAGAAUCGACCCGCACGGGAAUCCCGCGCAGUACGACAUCCGUAGCGACGUGUGGUCACUCGGUAUUGCCAUGAUUGAACUCGCGACCGGGAAAUUUCCUUAUCAGAACUGGCCGACACCAUUCGAACAGUUGAAACAAGUCGUGACCGACGACCCGCCGAGACUGCCCGCCGGGCAGUUUUCAGCCGAUUUUGAAGACUUCAUAGUACAGUGUCUACAGAAGGAUUACAAGAACAGACCAAAUUAUAACAUGUUACUGUCACAUAAGUUUUGUUUAGAACACGGCACUAAAGAAGUGGACGUCGCGUCGUUUGUUCAAGAAAUUCUAGAUUUACCUGAUGACUCCUAGUGAAAGGAAGAAUGUGUUUAACUAUGAUUAACAGUAGGUAUAAGAAUUGUUAUUAACAUUUUAAUUUAUAAAAACUAGUGAUGAACUCCAGUAGGAUAUAACAAUGAUAUCUAGUAAAAGUUAGCUGUAAAGAGAAUUCUACAUUACAUGCAAUUAUUGUUUAACCAUAUUUCUAAGUUAUAUUUUGUUAUCUUUUAAACAUUGUAAAUUAUGAAACCUUUGUAUUGUCAAUUAUAAAAAGUCAUGUUUUUGUAGGAUGUGCUGACGAAGUCUGAACCCUGCUAGAAAUGUAUAAAUACAUCACAACUAAUUGGUAUUAAUAAAACCAUUGUUUAAAAGCGUUA